UUUCAACUGAAUAAAGCUGUGGCCGACCCCCACGUCCAUUUAACAGUUAACGGUUCUCUUGCGUUAUUAUUAUAUAUAGAUAUAUAUAUAAGUAAGUUAACAAUAUGUUGAGGGGGGGAAGAGCAGUUAGAGAAAGGAAAGGAGUUCAUUACACACAGUCUAAAGGACCUGCGAGAUGUCUAAAGGACCUGCGAGAUGUCUAAAGGACCUGGGAGAUGUCUAAAGGACUUGCGAGAUGUCUAAAGGACCUGCGAGAUGUCUAAAGGACCUGGGAGAUAUCUAAAGGACCUGCGAGAUGUCUAAAGGACCUGCGAGAUGUCUAAAGGACCUGCGAGAUGUCUAAAGGACCUGCGAGAUGUCUAAAGGACCUGUGAGAUGUCACGUUAUGUUAUCACAUGAUGUUACCCAGAGGGCACCAGUUUAACACAUGACCCGCAGCUUGACCAAUGGCUUUGGCUCAGCCUCCCUCUAUAUAAGGUGGCGGCCAUUACAAUUCUCUCUCUUAUGCUCCCUGCUGAGGAACAGCAAACACCAGAGAUCUCAGUGCUAGAGUCCAGCACCCGGAAGGCCUCAAAUCUACAGUCAUUCCAAUGGACCUCGAUGAAUCCCAGAGUCCCAAAGGGCUAUUCGAAUGUCAGAUCUGCAGGUUAUCGGUCCCGUAUACCUACUUUGGCCAGAAACCACCAAAUACGAAAUCUAUAAUUCUCUUGGAGGAAUGUUUUGUGAUGCGGGAUCCAUUUGUUCCAGACAAAGAGAAGUUCCUGAUCCUGGGUUCCCCCUGCAGCCUGUGUAAGAAGGUGGUCUGCACUGGUACAGAUUGCAGCCUCUUCUACUCCAAGAGAUUCUGUCUCCCCUGCGUGACCAAGAAUAAGGACUCUUUUCCUCCUGAGAUCCGGCAGGACCUGGAUAAAAAGAAGGCCCAGGAUAAAUGAUCUGAUUAUUUGGGAGCAGUGGUCUCCAAACUACGGCCCUCCAGAUGUUGCAAACCUACAACUCCCAGCAUGCCUACGGCUGUCCGGGCAUCCUGGGAGUUGUAGUUUUGCAACAUCUGGAGGGCCACAGUUUAGAGACCACUGAACCAGAGGACCCAUUCACUGCCAUGAAGUCUUCUCAUCCUUCUUUACACUCAUGGGCAACUCUGGCCUCUACAGGAUUAGUAACACAAGUCAUCCAGGACUGGAAAAAAGAGCCGAUUUCUUUCAAAAUACAGCGUCCCUCUUGUCCUCUGUUUGUGUGGGGAAUUGCAGCUCAGUUCCAUUUAAUAUCACACACAACCUGAGCACACGGGUGGCGCUGUUUUUGUUGGGAGACAUUGAUUUGAAGGGGUAUUCCAUGAAAAAAAAAAAAAAGUAUUUUCAUAUCAACUGGCUCCAGAAAGUACUUCCAGUACUUAUCAGCUGCUGAAGCUGAGUUGUUUUUUGUCUGACAACCUCUCUGUCUGUCUCAGGAACUGCCCAGAGUAGCAGAAAAUCCCCAUAGCAAACCUCUCCUGCUUUGGACAGUUCCUGAGACAGACAGACAUGUGUCAGCAGAGAGCACUGUGGUCAGACAGAAAAGAAUGCAACUUCAGCAGCUGAUAAGUAUUGGUAGGAUUAAGAUUUUUUUAAUAGAAGUAAUUUACAAAUUUGUUUAACUUUCUACAGCCAGUAAAUAUGAUUUUUUUUUUUUCAUGGGAUACCCCUUUAACUCUUUCGUAAACUCUGCUGCAGAGAUAUACUUAGUACCCUAACUGCAAAGGGAUGGUAAAGAUGCUGCGCCCUCUGCUGUCUAUUACCACUGACAUUGGAGAUAACUCAUGCAAUAGUGACCAUGGCAUCUAAGUGGGUAGAAGGGGGGGGCGACUUCUGUUACCCCAUUAUGAACUUUGGGUGCCAAUGAGGGUCAAUGGCAGCUGGGGGCCCAAUGAAGAGUGUCAGGUCGGCCACCUCUAUCCUCCUAUCAAUAGGAUUAUAUUAGCGAUCACAUCAAGUGCUCUAAUAGGACUACAAAGACUUAAAAGGGGGUACUCCGGUGGAAAACUUUUCUUAUAUAACAACUGGCUCCAGAACGUUAAACAGAUUUGUAAAUUAAUUCUAUUAAAAAAUCUUAAUCCUUUCAGUACUUAUGAGCUUCUGAAGU